UUUCUUAUCGUUGCACAUGUGGUGGGUGGCCGCUGAAUCAACAACGAAGAAAGAUCUAGACGUCUUCUGGACCUCUGCAACCUUUGGAGUGAAGCGUGAAACCAUAGCCUUGUGCUGCGUUGUCCUAGACACCGGACCUUUGCCUUUGCCUCGGCCUUUUCCGCGCGAUGAGCUUUCGCUGCGCUGCUCUGUCUUGGCCCUGGGAUGUCUGCAUUCCCUCUUCAUAUGGCCUAGACGUCCACACGAGUAGCAUUUGACUGCCUUCAAAGCUUUGGCGCCAUCUGGUGGUUCCACUGCACUAUGGGAUGACGUCUGUGAAGACUCUCCCUUGCCCAUGCAGCUAGCACCCCGGCGAUCUGCUUCAUUUAAAAUCACGGCAGUAACAAAGUCCACUGUCAGCUGAGCAGUUGGUUGCACAGCAAUCUGGGUUGCAACAGACUCCCAACCUGAACCCAAAGAUUGUAGUAUCAUGAAAGAAUACACAGCCUCUGGAAAGUUGAGUCCUCUCUGUUGCAGCUCAUGUCUUAGAUUUUGCAUCUCCAUUAGAUGUAAACGCACAUCUCCACCUUCAGCAAGAGCCAUAUUAUGCAGCUUGUUAAAGUAAAACAUAGUAGAUCCAGCUUCUGUCCUUAAAUGAGCCUCUCUCAGAGCGUCCCAAAUUUCUCUGGCUGAGGUCUUAUCACGCAAUAGACAGAGCUCUUCUGGGGAUACUAUCAAUGUAAGAGUUCCCCUUGCUUUGGAAUCCUUAGCUUCCCAUGCAUCUGUAACUGGAACUGGGGGUUUCUGUAAUCACCUCAAACAAACCCUCUUUCCGCAGAAUUGCCUCUGCAUACUGAACCCAGUCGCUGUAAUUUUUCUUGUUGAGCUUAGGAAUCCCACAAGCAUCCUGAAGGGCCAUCAUGACUCUGGCAUUAGCCUUCAGCGUCAUAUGCUGCUUUAAAUCUUGCUGCGUCACUGCUGCAGCUGCCUUAUCACAAAGGCACACUUAAAAGUUACUUCGAUUUCCCCAGCAUAGUGACUUGUGCCUGGGAGCCUUUUGCCUUUUCCCGGCAAAACCGGCUUUAAAAGUUCAAAGUCCAGCCAUAAAGCCAUUAACUUGAAGCUGGCAGGCUGCCCGGAGCAGUAGCACAUACCUCAUCAAUCACUUCUACGCGCAGAGCAGAUUCCUUUCCGAUCCGUCCCUCUGCAUUCCGAUCCUCUGCCGGCACUCCGAUUCGACUCCUGGAGCCCAUAACCACGUGUUGAUUUAAGCAGAGUCUGUUGGCCAGCGGAAGGAUGAGGAAAAUGUGUUACAUACUCUAUAUUGCUUUAUUUACAGUUCAAAGCUGGUAUAUUACAGAAAGACAUCUUGCCUCUGCAGGAGCAGAAAAUGCAUCCUCUCUCCUCUCUCAGCUCGGAGAGAAUCACACAGAGUGAAAAACAGGAAACCAGUGUACGUCACAUCCAGUCUCCCUUUCCCGUGAGAAACUCCAACAGUACAGACUGUGGAAUGUAAAACAAUGUCUUGUGACUGCAGUUGCUGCUCAGUGAGGGAAAUAGAAACCAACAGAAUGUGCCCCUUUAUUUAAAAUGCAUCUCUGGGUUAUUUGUGGGGCAUAGGAAUUCCUUCAUAUUUUUUUUCCAAAUAUAGUCUGGCCUCCCACAAGGUCUGAGGAACCAGCCCCCUGCUGAAAAAGUUUGCUGACCCCUGCUGUAGGAUAUAGUUGUACGCAUUCAAGACAACUGCCUUCCACAUCAGGUGUGGAUAUGAUAUUUGAAGCAUUUGCUGGUUAGAAGCCCAUCACACCAAUGGUUGCAAGAAUGAACAGCCAACCAUGGACACAAUUGUGGAUUUUUUUUAGCACGAGGCACAACAACAGGGUCCCCUUUCCAACUUGAGUAUCAUUCUGGUCCACUGGAGAUCUUAAUCAUCAGUAGAAUGUUAAAUGCAGCAAAAAUUAUGUGGAUGCAAUGUUCAGAGGAAGAACAAGAACUUCUUGAGUGGAAAAGUUGGAGAAAUCUUAGUUGGGGAAGAUUAGAGGGCAGAACUGCUCAACUCCUGCUUUGCCUUGGUUAACUCCCACAGUACAAACUGUUCUAUCCGGGAAAGUUACAUCAAAUGCAUUGGCACGGGGUAGAGAUAACCUUUGAGAUAACUCCCAAGUCUGUGAUUCUAGAAAGCAAUGGGGAUCUUAUGAGAGUUGUCAGGCUGGUGGAAGAAAUUCAAAGACUAUUUGAACAAAUAUUCUAAUAUUAAAGAUAUGUAACCACUUGAAAGAACCAAUCAGGCCUAGGAUUAAAUUAGACUUAAAUAUAUAAAUAAGAAAAAGUACUAUAAGAAAGGUAAAGAAACUGGAAUACGACCGUAAUAUUGUUUUAUGUAAUAAUGACAUUGGAAACUGCUACAUUCAAAUUAAGAGGAAAUUCAGAUGAAGGAGAUUAGAGGAAGUCAAGCAAAAUGUUCAUGAAAAUGGAUUUUAAUUAACUAAUUGAGUUUCUUUUUUCCUGUUUAUGUAUUUUAAGUUUGUAAUUCUUUUUUCUUCUUUUUCACCUUUCUAUUGUGUUGUAUAAUUUUUUUCUUUUCUUUUGUUAUGUUUAUUGAUGAAAAUUAAUACAUAUUACUGGUAAAAAAAAGAGAGUUGUCAGGCUGGUGGCUCAGAACAGCCCCAAUACCUUAUAUGAAGACAUAUCAUGCAUGAGAAUUGGGGUCUUCUGCUCUUCACAGUGGGCCAUGAUACUGUCAGAUGAUAAGAAGAGCUCUGUGCUGUGGAAAAGUCUAACCAGGCUGGCUGGCCCCACUGCCAUACGAUAUGUUUGUCAAGUAGGCAAUGCAACGCUUCCGUCUCCGUAACGUUAUGCUGCAGGAAUGUGUGAUGAAAAAUUCAAAAGCCCAAAGGAAGCUUGGAGUUCCUGUUUCCAUUUUGCUGGGGGUAGAGGGAAUGUUCUUUGUACCAACAGUGUAGCCAAGGAAUUCAACCUGGGAGAUGCCAAACAUGCAUUUCUCAUGCAUAACUCAACAAAACAGUGCCUCGCCCUCCACACCGAAAUCACGAGCUAGUCAAUAGAUCUGCCAGCAGUCGAGGCACCAUUCAGCUAUGGUGUGGUUGUGACACUAGGUAUUCCCUUAGGAAUGACUUCUAUUCAAUGCUGGAAAAUGCCAGGCGUUCUGAACAGGAGUCAUUUUACUCCGAAUGUUCCACAAUGAAUGGCGAUGAUCUGGGCAUCAACGGUGGCAUCAUCCGUUGACAGCUCCUGAUAGGUCUGGGCCAGAUCCAGCUUGGGAAAAACAUUUCCCUCUGACAGCUAUGCCAGGAAAUAGCUGGCCCUGAAACUGAAUAUAGUACUAAUGCGAGGGCUUUAUUAAUAGCACACUUAUAAACACCACAAAUAUGAAUGUUGGCUUUAGUGAGGUGACAGUGGAGCAUCUUCCAUGUCAGAUGUGUCUGACUCAGAGAAGCCUUACUCUGAGCAAAUUCUAGAAUCAUAAUUGAGUUGGGAGGGACCCUGAGGGUCAUCUAGUCCAACCCCCUGCAAUGCCAGGAACCACAGCUAAAACAUCCAUGACAGAUGGCUGUCCAACAUCUGGUUAAAAAACCUCAAAUGAAGCAGAGGCCACUACCUUCUGACAUAGUCAGUUACACUGUCAAACAGUACUUGCCAUCAGAAAGUUCUUUCUAAUGUUUAGUUGGAAUUUCCUUUCUUGUAAUUAGAAUCCGUGGCUUUGGGUCCUACCCUCUGGAGCAGCAGAAAGCAAGCUUGUGCCAUCUUCCAUGUGACAGACCUUUAGAUAUUUAAAGACAGCUUUCUUACCACCUCACAGUCUUCUCUUCUGCAGGCAAAACAGGUCCCUCAACCGCUCCUCAUAAGGCUUGCUUUCCAGACCCUUGACCAUCUUGCUCAUCCUUCUCUGCACAUGUUCAUCAUCUUUUCAAUAGCCUUCUUAAACUGUGGUGCCCAGAACUGGACACAGUACUCCAGGUGUGAUCACCAAAGCAGAACAGCAUGUUACAGCGGUAAAGGUAAAGGUCCAGUCGUGACCGACUCUGGGGUUGCGGCGCUCAUCUCGCUUUAUUGGCUGAGGGAGCCAGCGUACAGCUUCCGGGUCAUGUGGCCAGCAUGACUAAGCCGCUUCUGGCGAACCAGAGCAGCGCACGGAAACGCCAUUUACCUUCCCACCAGGGCGGUACCUAUUUAUCUACUUGCACUUUGAGGUGCUUUUGAACUGCUAGGUUGGCAGGAGCAAGGACCGAGCAACAGGAGCUCACCCCAUCACAGGGAUUUGAACCGCUGACCUUCUGAUCAGCGAGUCCUAGGCUCUGUGGUUUAACCCACAGCGCCACCCGCAUCCCUGUUACAGUGGUACCUCGGGUUAAGAACUUAAUUCGUUCCGGAGGUCCGUUCUUAACCUGAAACUGUUCUUAACCUGAAGCACCACUUUAGCUAAUGGGGACUCCCACUGCUGCUGUGCCACCGCCACGCAAUUUCUGUUCUCAUCCUGAAGCAAAGUUCUUAACCUGAGGUACUAUUUCUGGGUUAGCGGAGUCUGUAACCUGAAGCGUCUGUAACCCGAGGUACCACUGUACUUCUAUUGAUCUGAACAUUAUACUUGGAAGAGUUGGAAGGGACCUUGCGGGUCCAACUGCCUGCAAUGCAGGAAUCAUGUUGACUCAUAUUAAUUGAAUUCAGCAUCAAUCUUUAUUUGAGUUUAAAUGGCAGCUGGUGGGAUUUCCAGCAAUUGGGGACCCCAGUACCCAGAGGCCAAACCAAGGAGAAUGGGCUCCAGUAUGCAAUAACAUCCUGUGGAAAGGAUUUUGGUAAUGCACAUCAGCUUCCCAAACAGAUAGAUUUGACUGGAACUGGAUUUUCCUAGUAGCCGUAUACUUUUGGAGGGGAAAAGAACAAUUUCUGGAAAGCUUUUUCUGCAAGUUUUUAAUCCUGGUGAAAUAAGAGAAAUUACUGAUGCGAGGAUAGAGAAAUGGGCUUCAACUUCGAAAUCUGCAAAGUGCUCAGGAUAGUGACUGUCACGCUUACUGUUUUUCACAUUGGCAAAAUACUGCAAAACCCUGGCUGAAUGUGGUUAAUAAUAAUAAUAAUAAUAAUAAUAAUAAUAUAUUUAUACCCUGCCCAUCUGGUUGGGUUUCCCCAGCUGCUCUGGGCCGCUUCCAACAAAAGAUUUAAAAUACAUCACCUCUGUGUUGUCACAUAAGAGGUACAAGUAGGGUGUAAACAGUACUGCCACAUGUAGGAACUGCAGGGAAUUUCCUUCCAUCAUACUCCUGGGGAAGGAAGAUUUCACUUGUCCAGUAUGCCUAAAUUUAUGACUAUUUUCAGCAUUCUGGUACAGCAGCAGUUCAUGGGAUCCCCCACAGCACACGGAGUUGCUUCCCUAGAUCUGAAUCCCUGAAGCACCUUCACAGAGUGACAGGCUGUUGCAUUGCACCCUAUGGAUCCCCAACAGCUGUGGACUGGGAAUUUAUAGGCACCUGGGCAAGGUGGGCUUCCUGCUUUCAAGAGUUCUUGCUGCAGCUGCCUCAGCAGCCAGAGCUUAGAAUAGAAUCAUAGAGUUGGAAGAGACCACAAGGGCCAUCGAGUCCAACCCCCUGCCAAGCAGGAAACACCAUCAGAGCACUCCUGACAUAUGGUUGUCAAGCCUCUGCUUAAAGACCUCCAAAGAAGGAGACUCCACCACACUCCUUGGCAGCAAAUUCCACUGUCGAACAGCUCUUACUGUCAGGAAGUUCUUCCUAAUGUUUAGCUUCUCCUAGUGCUUCUUGUGAGUUGUCUUUUCGAAAACAGGCACUUGCGCAGGACCUCAUCAUUCAUUCGUUCAUUUUAUUUGUAUUCCGCUUUUCCACACAAACAAAAAUUACACUCAAAGUAAAAGUUAAAGGGACCCCUGACCAUUAGGUCCAGUCGUGGCCGACUCUGGGGUUGCGGCGCUCAUCUCGCUUUACUGGCCAAGGGAGCUGGCGUACAGCUUCCAGGUCAUGUGGCCAGCAUGGCUAAGCCGCUUCUGGCAAACCAGAGCAGCGCAGAGAAACGCCGUUUACCUUCCCGCUGGAGUGGUACCUAUUUAUCUACUUGCACUUUGACGUGCUUUCGAACUGCUAGGUUGGCAGGAGCAGGGACCAAGCAAUGGGAGCUCACCCCAUUGUGGGGAUUCGAAUCACUGACCUUCUGAUCGGCAAGUCCUACGCUCAAAGUAGCUGACAACAAAGAAUACAGGGAUGCAUUUCAAACAAACACUGCAAGAACACACAGAGGAUGGGGUAUUCUUUCUCUCUCUCUCUCUCUCUCUCUCACACACACACACACACACACACACAGGACCUGGGCUUGAGAUCCUGUAACAAGCAAAAAUAUUAUUACUAGAAUCAUAGAAUCAUAGAAUCAUAGAGUUGGAAGAGACCACAAGGGCCAUCGAGUCCAACCCCCUGCCAAGCAGGAAACACCAUCAGAGCACUCCUGACAUAUGGUUGUCAAGCUUCUGCUUAAAGACCUCCAAAGAAGGAGACUCCACCACACUCCUUGGCAGCAAAUUCCACUGUCGAACAGCUCUUACUGUCAGGAAGUUCUUCCUAAUGUUUAGCUUCUCCUAGUGCUUCUUGUGAGUUGUCUUUUCGAAAACAGGCACUUGCGCAGGACCUCAUCAUUCAUUCGUUCAUUUUAUUUGUAUUCCGCUUUUCCACACAAACAAAAAUUACACUCAAAGUAAAAAGUUAAAGGGACCCCUGACCAUUAGGUCCAGUCGUGGCCGACUCUGGGGUUGCGGCGCUCAUCUCGCUUUACUGGCCAAGGGAGCUGGCGUACAGCUUCCAGGUCAUGUGGCCAGCAUGGCUAAGCCGCUUCUGGCAAACCAGAGCAGCGCAGAGAAACGCCGUUUACCUUCCCGCUGGAGUGGUACCUAUUUAUCUACUUGCACUUUGACGUGCUUUCGAACUGCUAGGUUGGCAGGAGCAGGGACCAAGCAAUGGGAGCUCACCCCAUUGUGGGGAUUCGAAUCACUGACCUUCUGAUCGGCAAGUCCUACGCUCAAAGUAGCUGACAACAAAGAAUACAGGGAUGCAUUUCAAACAAACACUGCAAGAACACACAGAGGAUGGGGUAUUCUUUCUCUCUCUCUCUCUCUCUCUCUCUCUCACACACACACACACACACACACACACAGGACCUGGGCUUGAGAUCCUGUAACAAGCAAAAAUAUUAUUACUAGAAUCAUAGAAUCAUAGAAUCAUAGAGUUGGAAGAGACCACAAGGGCCAUCGAGUCCAACCCCUGCCAAGCAGGAAACACCAUCAGAGCACUCCUGACAUAUGGUUGUCAAGCCUCUGCUUAAAGACCUCCAAAGAAGGAGACUCCACCACACUCCUUGGCAGCAAAUUCCACUGUCGAACAGCUCUUACUGUCAGGAAGUUCUUCCUAAUGUUUAGGUGGAAUCUUCUUUCUUGUAGUUUGGAUCCAUUGCUCCGUGUCCGCUUCUCUGGAGCAGCAGAAAACAACCUUUCUCCCUCCUCUAUGUGACAUCCUUUGAUAUAUUUGAACAUGGCUAUCAUAUCACCCCUUAACCUCCUCUUCUCCAGGCUAAACAUGCCCAGCUCCCUUAGCCGUUUCUCAUAAGGCAUCGUUUCCAGGCCUUUGACCAUUUUGGUUGCCCUCCUCUGGACUAUUAUUAUUUUAUAUUUAUUGAUACCUCACCUUUUUCUCUGAUGGAACUCAAGGCAACCUACAUAUAAAAAUGAGAACUGCUAAAAACAUAGGGAAGAAAUCAUUAAAAAACAAUGAAACAUUUUUAAAAGUAAAACUAUAUACACUUACAUAAAAACUAUUUAACCACAUCAAUAAUUACAAUAAAACAGCAGAGCAACAGCCCUUACUUUAAAAGUAGUUGGUUCCCAAAAGCAUGUUGGAACAAAGAAGUCUUCAGCUGCCUGGCAGAAGGACAACAAGGAGAGAACCAGUCUGGCUUCUCUAGGGAGGGAAUGCCAGAGUCUAAUAAACAGAGAAAAGGCAAGGCUUGUAGACAUGUGUUUCCUUUUUGGAUUUCUGUUCUUCUUCUCUGAACUGUAAUCCGUCCUUUCUUCCAAGUGCAACCCAUUUCUCAUGUGGGUUCUUCCAAAAUUUAGGUUUUCAGUCCAAAUGGAUUAAAAACACAGUUUGCUUAACUUUUAAAAGGAUAGAAUAAAGAGAUUUGAUACAUGUUUUUAAAGCACAGUAUAUGACUAUAUCAUAAACAUAAAUGUCUCUAAGACACAUUAAUAUACUAGGUGGCCAAAUGCACAUUAGCCCUAGUGCUUCUGUCUAUUAGGGUUGCCAGCUAAAGCCAAGUUUAAAGAUACAAGGUGCAUUUUAAUGGUGGCAAAAAGAUGCACACUCCAAAACAGAACUGCGUCCCAAUUUGCUUGUUAGUCUAGGAGGUGCAGAUCAGAAGAGCUCAUUUCAAAAUUCAGACCAAAAAAAAUCCCUCUGUCAUCCCUACUAAUGCAUCUUACUUUUGAAACUGGAGCAGUAAUUGAGAACUCAAAAAUCCAGGAAUAAUUUCAGAUGGAGAGAAGGCUACUUUCUCGCUUCGUCACCCAACUACCUGCUGAGGUCAGAUUUCAGCCUUUUAAAAGGCUACCUGUUGGAUCAAGCUGGGGAGGUUCACAAUAUUCUGUUCUCAUGGGCAAACAGCUUCCGAUCAGACCGAGUGGCUGAAUACAAUUCUGAGAAUGCUUGAAUAAGUGCUCACUUGUGCUGUGCUUUUCAUUGCUUUAGGAGUAAGCACCAGUGUGUUUACUUACUUUUGAGUAAACAUGCACACAAUUAGGCUGCACAACAUACUUAAAUUUCUCCGGAUAGUAUCCAGUACCAAUGCAGCUGACUAGAGCUUUUUUCUUUUUAUAGUUAGGAGAUUCCUUAAAAUGUGAUUCAAUUUAUGAAAAACUCGUUCUAAUGAAAAAUUCACAAUUUUUUCAAGUAUUAAUUAGCUGCUGUUGUUCUUUUUGCUCUCUUAGCCAGGCAAUUUGAGAGUAGUCUGUAAAAUGGAGGAAUUAAUUUCAAAUACAUCAUUGUUGCAGUAAAUUUGCCUACUGAGGAAGCAAUUUCCUGGAUGACAGCUUUUAUCAUGCAAUAAAAAUAUAUUAGAUAGAUUAGAUAUAGAAUAAUAAGACUAAUGAAUAAAGUUAACUAAAGAUGGGGCAAUAAUUUUUUUCCACAAUAAAGACACUAUCAGAAAAGGAAAUUCACCAAACCCCAUAUCAAAUUCUGAUACAUGGAAGUGAAAUAAAAUAAAAACAAUAUGCCUUAAUAUUUUUCUAACCAAGGAACAUUAUAUCUACAUGGUAUAUAUAUUGCAUUGUCGUUGCGACAAGGCAGCUGAACUGAUGUGAUGGUUUAGAAUGUUCAUAAAGAUCCCAACUGCUCAGAAAACAAUUUUUUUCAGAAUAGUGCAGUUCGGUUUCUACAAGGGAAUGGGAAUUUGCCAGUCUGGGAUUAAAGCUUUCUAGAUACAGUAGUUUUCUUUAGGACUAGGAAGGUAGGGAGAUUAAAAGGAAGGGUGAAGAAAGGGAUAUUGGCUAAGAAGAAAGAGCCUUUUAAAGACCUUAAAGGAAUGGCCUGCGUUCUUAUGCAUUUUGGGCAACCCGAGUGCAAGGUGUUAGAAUUUUUCAAUUCUGAAUCCCCAGAAUUUCCUUGAGACUCAGACUGGACUAUGUGAACCAUUGCCAGUCUAGAUUUGGUCUUUUCUGAUGGAAGGUCAGUCAAAAUGGGUGAAGAAAAAAACUAACUAACUCAUAGUAGGAGAGCAGAGACAUAGAAUACAACUAGGUAAAGGUAAAGGGAUCCCUGACCAUUAGGUCCAGUCGUGACCGACUCUGGGGUUGGGGCGCUCAUCUCGCUUUAUUGGCCGAGGGAGCCGGCGUACAGCUUCCGGGUCAUGUGGCCAGCAUGACUAAGCCACUUCUGGCAAACCAGAGCAGCGCACGGAAAUGCCAUUUACCUUUCCGCCAGAGCGGUACCUAUUUAUCUACUUGCACUUUGAGGUGCUUUCAAACUGCUAGGUGGGCAGGAGCAGGGACCGAGCAACGGGAGCUCACCCCAUCGCGGGGAUUCGAACCGCGACCUUCUGAUCGGCAAGUCCUAGGCUCUGUGGUUUAACCCACAGCGCCACCCGUGUCCUAGAAUACAACUACCAGAUCCCAAACAAAGCCCUCACUUGCACAUUGGACAACUGGCAUUUGGGUACAUCUUGAACUCCUUCCAUUUUCAACAAGGUUUUUAAUGGGGGAGUUUUAAUCUACUCUGUAUCUCUAUUAGAUUAUAUAUAUUUUUUAUAUCUGGAAUUUACUUUGAUUGUUUUUAUAUACGGAAUUGAUGCCUAUUAUUGCAACAACAACAACAACAACAUUUUUGUCCAGUAGCACCUUAGUGACAAACUAAGUUUGUUCUGGGUAUAAAAAUGCACACAAAAGCUUAUACCCAGAACAAACUUAGUUGGUCUUUAAGGUGCUACUGGACAAUUUAUUAUUAUUAUUUAUUUAUUUCAACAAUAUUUUUAUUAUUUAUCUGUUGCCCAUCCAACCGGGUUGCCCCAGCCACUCUGGGCGGUUGCCAAUAAAAUAUUAAAAACACAUGUAUGGAAUUGUUUUUAAUUGCUUUAAUUUUGUUGAUGUUUUAAUUGUGAAAUCACUUUGAGAUAUGUUAAUGGGAAAUGAUUCACAAAUGGAAUAUAAGAAAAGAAAAGGAAGGAAGGAAGGAGACUGCCAUUCUAGAUCAGGAAGGAGACAAGAGAAUUUCAGGGUUUAGCAGCUGCUAUGUGGAGAGAUUCUGCUAGUAGAUUUUCCAUAGCUCAGGAAGGUGAACUUUUUAAUGAAUAAGAUAAACAGGAAUUGUUUCAUGUGAAUUUAUCUCAUAAUGCAACAGGGACUCCUGCCUGGAACAUGACAAGAAAGUAUUUAAAAUAAAAGUAUCUCCUUUUCCCUUGUUGUAUCUGAAUGGAUCCUCUAGACAUUUAAUUAAAUUCCGGCUAUGACAGAACAUUUCUUCACCAGCUUUGGCUGGUUCAUCCGUUGUAGCCUUUCCGGGAUAGCGACAGCCCGGCUACAAUGAUCUAUUCUCUGUUGGCCUCCAAGUUAGAUUAUUGUAAUAUAUUACACACUGGGCUGCCCUUCAAAACAAUUUAGAAGGAGACGAUUCAACUAGUACAGAAAGUGGCUGCUGGAAUUUCGGCUGGUUAGCUCCAUGGAGCCACUUUUUGUCAGUUCUGAAGGAAUUACACUGGCUCCUAGUUCACUACCAAGCCCAACUGAAGUUGCUG